CAAUGACAGGUUUGUUCUUUUCCCAAGACCUUUCCCAAAGUGUAAGCACCCAGAAUCAUGGCAAGAGUCCAAAAGAGACCAGCUACCUCUUCCGACGAUAAGAACAUGGCGCACCCAUUUCGGAGCCCGUCCCCGCAAAGUCACAAAGUAGGGACACGUUCCUGUCGGAGCUGCCAUCAGCGAAAGGUCCGCUGUGACCGCGGUGUGCCUUGCACCAACUGCACGAGGGCUGGCAUCACCUGUGUGUAUCCCACAAAGCACACGGACGCGGCGCGGAAGGAUCCCACUCUCCGAAACAUCGCCAGCCGCCUGGAACGACUGGAAGCUUUGCUAUCAGGUUCUGCUGGAAGGAGUCAAGUCACCAUAGGGUCACCCACAGGUGGUAGCGGGGGCGAGUCUCAGACUCCAGUCCAGGCUCAAUCCAGGGCCGGUGUCGAUGCAAUCAAAAUUUCAAAACAACUUCCCAACGAGUCGACAUGGGAGUUGUUAUUGAAUGAUGAACGAGUUGUCGGACAUACGAACGAUUCGAAUGUCGGAACACUGUCACAGGAUGGAGGAAACGCUCACAUGACUCAACCGACAGACCCGGAAACUGCACCUCUGCAUCUUCAGCAGGGUACAAAAGCUCACCACACACUUCCUGCCCAGGCAGAUGCUUGUGAUCCGCUCGAUAUGCCGUCUGAUGUGCUGAAAUUCUAUCCUGAUGCCCAACUAGCCCUUCGAUUGUGGAACGUAUACGUCAAGUCGGUCGACCCGGUCCUUAAGAUCUUGCAUGUACCCACAGUCCAGACGACUGUCGUUGAAACCAUUCUGGACCCCAGAUCUGCUCAAUCUUCGACAGUGGCGCUGACAUUUGCCAUCUAUUACGCCGCCGUCACGGCCCUGCUUCACGAUGAUAAGAAUAAUGAACCCGUUCGCCUACCCUGCGAUGGCCCAACGCUCUUGAAACGCUAUAAAGGAUGCCUGGACCGACUCCUCACGGUGAAUGACCUCCUGAUCCGCCCUGAAAUGACUUCACUGCAAGCUCUCGCAAUUUACGUGACCUGUUUACGGGCCCAUGAAGUCGGCCGGCGGGUAUGGGUCCUCAAUGGGCUGGCGAUCCGCCUCGCUAAAUCGAUUGACCUGCACCUGGAUGGUGCCUGCUUCCACCUAAGCCCCUUUGAAACCGAGAUGCGUCUUCGCCUCUGGUGGCAUCUGUGUGUGCUCGAGUCUCGCGCAUCGGAGGACCAAGGGUUCCAACCCACGGUUGAUAUCAUGAACCCAAAACUGAGGCUUCCCUUGAACGUGAAUGACGAUCAGAUCUGUCCAGACAUGACACACCUUCCCACAGAGUCGGAUGGGUGGACGGACAUGUCUUUCUUCCUGAUUCAAACCGAGUCGUGCCGACUGCUCCACCCGAUUCUGGAUCCGCGAGACCAACAGCCCGCAGACGCUCUUCUUGGUAUCACGGAAAAGCGCAAGAUGAUUCAGCAGCGCAGCCAAUAUUUGUCGGCGAAAUAUGCCGGCGCAAAAUCUCCCUUGUCGCGCAUCGCAGAUCAACAUCGAGUCGCCGCACGCAAGAAGAUGGAGUUCGUGCUGCAACUGCAAGAGGAGAUCAGCUUGCGACAAGACCAAGGGCCACAAGGCGACCGGACUCCGGACGUGCUCAGGUCGUCGUUCAAGCUGGCCUGCGAGGGGCUGGAAAGCAACUAUGCGUUGUUGAAGGAAGACGUUGCUUCCAGGUUCAAAUGGUUCUUCAACCUGUACACCCCGUGGUACGCCCUUACCUACGUCCUACGCUGUCUCGGUGGUAAUCCCCGUGGGGUCAACACAGAGCGUGCCUGGACUCUGGUUGACGAGCUCUUCCCUCGUGCAAUGAGUCUCCACGGUCAUUCGGCGGGGAUCCAGGAUGAAUAUGGGCACGGGAGGAUCUGGAGACGUCUCAAUCUGAUCCGACGUCAAGCUUUGUCGCACAGGCCACAUGUCCAGCUGGGUGUGGCCGCCGCGGCAAAAGUCGAGACCCAGCCGGCCAGCCGUGGCGAGCAGCGCCCGUCGCAGCUUCGUCCCGAUACCGAAGUCCCGCCGUCCACCAGCACGACAGCGAUACCGCAUGGAACAUCCACGUUCCCCGAAUUCCAGGGUCAAGAGUUCAUGGCUGAUCCGAAUCAAAUCCUGUUUACAUCGCUGGAUCUGCCGAUGCCCGAAAUUUCAUUUUUGCCGGAUUGGGAUGCCGUUUUAUACGGCCCCCUCAACGACGAUGGCUACGAGAUGAUAAAUCGGUCUGGCUUCGUCACUCAUCCUGCCGACACUUCACAAUUCUGA